CACGUGGGUUCACUCUUUUCUUAUUAUCUCGAUAAUCAGACUGGUAUAUCCCUACGUAGUAACGUUUCCCGAAACAUUAUUACCUAUCAACAAUUCAUGCACCAGACGGGUGCUUGCAGGUCUUUGUUCCUGACCGACUGACCAACUCAACUUGGGUAAUACCAACCUAAAAUGUUCCCGCUAAGCAAGUGCAAACUCAGAUAUCGAUGUUGAUAUCAACUUACUUAACCUACUACCGGAUUAAAUCAACUGACUACACCUAAUAUACCUAACUUAUUUUGCACAUAUAUAACAUAAUACAUGCCAUGCGCCCUUAUUUUUCCCGGAGCAGAAAAGACAAUUUGAAAAGGCAAAAGAAGAGAGAACUAACAUGUACUGCUAUUGAGAGGGAGAGAGAAAGUACUGUUCCGCUGCUAAAUAUGAAUCCGUCGAGCUUGAGACAGGGGAAUGAGGGGCAUGAUGAAACGAAGAAUAUAGAGGUUGAGGGCUGUGUGUCUCCAACAGGUAAAUUUUUGGUUUUAUUAUAUUUCUUCACUCAAUUUGGACUGAUAUAUACAAGAGAAAUGUACUAAUUGAGGGGCUACAGGCAAUUCAAACGAUGGUCGCAUUUCCCCAGCCUCAAAGCUAUCGAGUGACACCGGAGCAUUGACCAGCGAUUCUGUUUCGGAUGGCUUGUCAAUUCAGGAUAAGAAAAUCUUGUUGGUUGCGGCAGAGAUUGAUGAGAUGGGAAUGGGAAGGUAUCAGUGGUAUAUAUGGGGAUUAUGUGGUUUGGGAUACUUCUUGGAUCUAUUGUGGGCGCAUGCAUUUGGUUUGAUUGCACCAGUUAUGCAGAGAGAGAUGGGAAUUGACGGUAUGUGACACCCCGCUCUGGAUUGAUAUUUGAAAAUGAAGUUGGGCUUGACAGCGGUUCUGUAUUCCCCAUUGUGUCAGAGAUAAGAGUUGUAACACAGAAAUAGCUGGGAGAAGACUUGCACAACUAAAUAAAGUGCUAAUCAAUUCAUACAGAUACGCAACUGGGUCGUUUAUUCACAGUCGUCAAUGCUGGUUUGACAGUUGGAGCUCUAGUAUGGGGAGUUCUGGUCGAUAUUAUCGGUAAGUGAUCAGCACCCAUAUUAUCUUGCAUUCUCCAAUAACUUCAUCUUUCAGGUCGCAAAUGGGCUUUCAAUGGCACUGUCUUCAUUACCUCAGUCUUUGGAAUUUGCAUGGCAAUACCAAGCUCGUACACUGGUCUUCUUGUGCUGGUCGCUUUUACUGGUUUUGGUAUCGGAGGAAAUAUUCCCAUAGACACAACAAUAGCUCUGGAAUUCCUUCCCCAGGUGUGCCCCUACGCGACACUGUCCGAAGAGCAGCGUUUAACACUUAUCACUAGAAAAAUCGUUUUCUUUUAGCACUCUUGUCGAUCUUUCAACCGAUCGGAGUUGUCGUUUGCAGUGGCAUAGCUUACGGAUUUAUACCCAAACAUUCUUGCGCGACAGACCUACCAUCAUGUAAAGCAAAGGACUUGACGCCGGGGGCUGAAUGCUGUUCCAAAAGGAACAAUAUGGGAUGGAGGUAUCUAUUGUACACUCUGGGUGCAAUAUCUUUGUUCAUAUUCAUACUGCGGUUCUUGGUCUUCACUUUUCAGGAGUCGCCUAAAUAUCUUCUCAGCAAGGGCAGGGACGAAGAGGCUUUGAAGGUGUUGCAGAAAAUUGCAAAAACGAACAAGAAACCUUUGAGGCUUACCAUUGAGGAUUUCAGGUCCUUGGAUAAUACCGAGGCUCUUCUGUCUCCCACCUCGACAACUUCUGGUGGCGAUCGUCUUCGGGGAAGGGUUAUUCCCGAGGGUUUGAGUCUACGUCAAAAGAUCAAGAGGGAGAUCAAGAGAGUUGGGAUAUUAUUCAAAACAAAGCAUACUGCGCGAGUUACCAUUUUAGUAUGGUUAAUAUACGCAUUCGACUACUGGGGGUUUUCCGUCGCAGGUACAUAUAGCUCUUAUUAAUUUGGUUACAUGAGAAUGUACUAACAUCUAGAAGGCGCAUUUCUUCCCACAAUUUUGGCUCGAAAAGGUUUGGACCACAAAGUCGGAUAUGCUGAAACUUACCGCAAUUUUGUUAUCAUAUACAUGCCAGGUAUUGUAGGCGUAAGUUUAGGGGCUCUCAUGGUAAAAGUACCUCGAGUAGGAAGACGGCUUUCCAUGAUCUUCUCAUCUGCAUUAAUGGCCACCUCAUUCUUUCUCUUUGCGGCAGUAAACACUCAAGCGGCCAACGUGGGACUUAGCGUCAUGGAAUAUUUCUUUCAAUCCAUGUUCAACUCGGUAUUAUAUGGUUGGACACCGGAAGCUUUCCCAGCGUCGGUAAGAGGAACAGCUAGUGGAAUGGCGAGUUGUUGGGGAAGGCUAUUCUCUAUUUUUAGUCCUAUAAUUGCAGCGAAACUAUUGGCGAUGAACCUGAAUGGCCCAUUGUUUCUGGCUGGAGCGGGGACUUUAGUUGCGUGUUUGGGCGUUGCACUGUUGCCAGAUAAUGUGAUGAAGGGGAAUGAAAUUUAGGAAAGGGAUGGGAAUGGUAAUAGAACAGAAUUUGAUAAAGCGAGAUGGGUAUCGUUAUGAGAAUAGGCCUAAAGUAGAUAGAGGUGGCCGUUGAUGUGAAUACUUAAACAUGGUUGAAACCAACAAGAUACCAUGGAACCUUCAUACGGUGGGGAAGCGAUCCUCUCAGGUGGGAGUGACAUCCAGCAGCAAAUCCAGCAUUAAGAAG